GCUUCCUUGCCUAGUCAAUAUACUGAAGCAUAGGUUGAUCUGCCACUAUUUCACACUACGCGCUAUCACCACACAGAGCCAAUCCUCAGGAGCAUCCCUAUUCAAGGCAUGGGAUCCGGAGACGACCAGCACCGCGACAGGGCCGCCCACGGCAGAACCCGCAUGUGCAAACCUCGCCUUUUCUUCGCGACAUACGUUUCGAAGCACAAGACCCUCAAUAGCAAAACGCGGAAUGCGCUACUUAGGAAACUCACAGAAUCACAUAGCAUUGACCCCAUCACCCAAGAAUGGUCUGCACUCCCGAUGCCACGGAGGCGUCCAAUCGGCGACAACUUGAGCGGGCCCCCGCACAGGAAAGAGAAAGAGCACUUCCAGCACCUCGGAUCGGUCGUCGAGCAGAUUCUCUCUGCGGCGGAGGAAGUUCUCCCCGACAGCUAUAGCCCGGACAAGCGCACUACGGAUUUCAUCUGCCGCCCUUACCGUAUGUUUUGCUCCGAGUCUGACGGAUCCUGGACAUCCAUCGGCUGCCUCUUUUUACGCAAGCAAUCUUCGUACCCACCUGGAUUCGACUUCGAGAAACAUCCUCAGGCCACAGUCAAGGGUGCCGGCCGCCACAUCUACGCCGCCGAUCUCACUGCCGUUGGGGAGUUGAAACACACCGAAUCAAUCGACGACAAGCUCGACAAUGAGAUACGGGUCUGCGGUCACCCAGCUCUUCUCUUCUGGAACUCCGAUGAUCGCGUCGGCGUCUUCAGCUUCACCAUCGAAUGCUCAAAGUUGCGGAUAUGGUACCAUACGCGGUCACACUCGGCAUUCACGACAGAAAUUGAUAUCUAUGAGGACAAGCGAUGGUUUAUUGAGUUCUUGCUCUUCAGCACCUAUGCGUCCCUUCCCGAGCUCGGCUUCGACCCCACCGUCAGGCUUGUUCUGGACGAGAACCGUGAACUGCAGUACCAGUUCGACCUUUAUGUGUCCGAGACCGCGCCCAAGCCCGUCACAUAUCAAACGACGGGCCGCUUGAGCAAUGACUACUAUCAGCUCGUAUAUUGCAAAGCCACAUGUGUCUACGAGGUCCGCCUUGUCAUCAAGAACUCCGACAAUCCAAAGGAACGGCUGCUCGCCGAAGAGAAGAACGUCCUUCGGGACUGCUGGGUGCACGACGAAGUCGACGAUGAACUCGACAUCCAACGGGAUAUCCAGCAGCGUAUGAUGAAAGUUCCCGCCGUCUGGAAGAGGGCCGAAAAGCACUUUAUGACAAUUCUGCACGACGGUGUUGUUCGCUUUCCAGCGGCCCAUGGCAAUGUUGACUGCACGGUGCCGGGGCCCCCGUCGGAUUCGGAAUACUUUCCCUACGUGGGUACGCCCUCCUUCUGCUGGACGACGCCUCCUCUGCCUCGUUUGGACUCGAAGAAGCGAUGCCGUACCGUUUACAAGCAUCAAUGCAUGGAGCUUCUGGAUAUCGAUGACCCGGCGCUGUUCUUUCUCGCAAUGACAGAGGUUGUUCAAAUCUUGCACUCCUUCAAGGUCACUGGCGACAUCCAUGGAGACGUUAGUCCGCGCAACUUCCUUCUCCGUCAUCUCUCAAAUCCGUAUCCAAACAUCGCAUCACCGAUUACUCGCGCCGCGUUGAGUGAAUGGGUGACCAUUGUAUCCGACUUGGAGAACUCUCGGCAGUACAAGGACAGUUCUGGGCAUGACCGGAUCGUGGGAACUCCAUUUUUCACCGCCAUUGAGGUGCAAGCCCGUCAGUACGAGCACACUAAUGGCAGGCCUCUCAUCAACCUCAGAGCCUUGAACGAUAGGCGAUCCAAGCCUGAGGAAGAUCCUUUCGAAAAAUUCGCCUUCAACCCCUACCAUGAUCUUGAGUCCGCCUUAUGGAUGGCUAUCCAUUUCGUCAUACUCAAAAUGCCGAAAUCGAUAUUGUCCGGCGACGCGGCUCGCGCAGAGGAGGCCGCUUCCGUGCUGCGGGCAUACGCCAAUCAGUUGUUCACCUAUGCAGUCGAUGGAUCUCGCUCGCGCACCAUGCAUAUGACAGAUAUGCGAUUGACACAGGCCCUCUUCGAUGCCCUGCACAAGAUAUAUGACAAGUCGCUGGUCCCGAAUGUCGUCGUGCUCAUUCAGAGCUUGCGCGAUGCAUAUGCUGAGCUGGAGAAGCCCAACGCUCGAAUAAUGCGGCUCCCCAACGGACGAUGCAUAUUUCACCCCGAUCUCUUCCAGGACGAUAUCUACGAAGAGUUCGAGCAGACCUUUCGCGAGAUCAGGGACCACUAUCUUGAACAACCCGGGAUGUUUGUCGACGUCCCUCCUUACAGUCCUCCGCCAAAGCCCUCGGUAUCGCCAACGCCCCCUCGCCGCGUACUGCGGCCUGGGAAACGGGGAAAAGUGAAGCGCAGGGCAUCACCGCCUACCAGUGACGAAGACCAUGAUCUAGGAGGCGCUGGCGAGGACUCAGGCGAGACUGUGGUGGCUCAACAACCCUCCGCGGAAGCGCGUAACGCUAGAGGUCGCAAGCGUGCAGCACCCAAAAACAAGAGCGAGCGACCAGCCAAGCAGCGGCGCACGGACGUUGAGCGAGCGGACAACCACCCAGGGCAAAGACGCUCUUCCCGCAUCAGGGAACAGAAGGCGCGACAGAAGUCGAGCGCAGGCCGUCGAUGAGGCCUUGGGAAGCACUGAGG